AUGGGGUUCACAUCCGCGGCGUCCCGGUUCAAGUCCGCGGGCUCCGCGGCGAUGAUGUUCCGCGAGGACACCGUCGUCCGCGUCGUGACGCUCGACGCGGUGGAGGGCAAGAGCGUGCUUUUGCGCGAGGUCGUGGAAGACCCCGCGUGGGCGGCCGCGGUGGACGCGUCGCCGCUCAAGGAGCACUUCCUCACCGCGAUGCCUUUCGACGCGUUCGCGGCCGAGCCCGCGGCGCGAAGCCUCUCCUACCGCGUCGCGGACGGGAUCGAGCUCCCGCGCGCGGCGGUGAAAGACCCCGCGGGCGUCCUGACCGAAACCCGAGGAGGCUUCUUCCCUCGAUCGUGCCUCGACGUCCCCGUCGCGACGCGCGAGCCGCUCGCGGACGGGUGGUGGUCGCACAUGUACGUGGACUUCCUCGACCACCUCUGCGACGCGACCGCGGCGUCGAGGACGCUCGUGCGAACCGCGUCGCACUGCGACGUGACGGUCCUGCCCGCGUAUUUCCUCUCAGGCGACUUGGACGCCGUCGACGACGCCCUCGGCCGCGCGUGGUGCGGCGGCGAGAUCUCGCUCGCCGGGCUCGACCGCCACGCGCUCAAUGCGCUCAUGAACGCCUGCGUCGCGAAGACGCGCGAGCAGACGCGCGGGGAGAAGUGGAACCACGGCGACUGCGACCUCGUCGGCGUCAAGACGCUCGCGAGGCUCGUCGGACGGCGAUACGCCGCGGCGAAGCGGUUCGGACGCGGCGGCGAGCGCGGCACGGGCGCGUCGGACGCGCGCGCCGCGAUCGAGUGGCACGCGCGCGUGCAUAAGCUCGAAGGGAUCGCGACGGACGUCACCGCCGGGGACGACGAAGACGCGUGCGCCGCGAAGCUCGAGACGUUCGUCGACGUCUUAGGACUUUGCCCGGCGCAUCUCUCCGCCCACUCCACGCUUUCAAUACCCGCCCUCGACGCCUUUCAACUCCAACUGACGCCUUUCAACUCCACCCCGAUGUCGCUUUGUAUGGAACGACACUCAGCCGGGGAGCAGUUGCCCGUCCGAGACGCGGAGGAGAACUUGGAGACGUUGCGAUCGCAGCCGGCGCUCGCGUGGUGCGUCCUGACGUCGUACGCGCGGAGCAAGUGCUUCGAGAAGACGCAGCUGUACGUCGCGGGGAUCGGACCGUUCGCGUACGCGUGCGGGAUAGCCCUGAGCGACCCGCUCGGGACGCACAAGGUGACGUCGAAGUUUCAUCCUGGUCUCGGGCAGAAGCUGCGCUUCGUCGUCUCGGACGUCGACCUCCGAGCGCUGAACGACAACCACAGCCUUCUUCGAUGGGCGUGGGCGGCGAUGUCGUACGUCACGUGCGAGAAGGAGUUUCAGUACACCAUCCCAGCCGUCGUGGAAGGGCGCGUCGUCGGGGAACGCAACGUCGUCGAGUGGAGCCUGCUGCCGCCGGGGAUGUCCACGCUCGGGUUCGGCCCCGUGGCGACGUCGUACGUGCGAAACGCGCGGCUCAAGUUUGGUGCGUACGUCGGGAUCGACUUCUCGCGGAGCGGGCCGAGGGUGUCGCGGAGCGUUCGCAGGGAUUCGGUGUCGUCUCGGCGGGAUUCAGUGUCGUCCGUGUCGUCCGCGACGGGCGGCGAGUCCGUGAUUUUCUCGAACGGGAUCCUGCGAGGGUUGGAGGAGGAGGAGGAGGAGGACGCCGACGCCUCCCCCGACGACGCCGGCGACGAGGCGUACCUCAGACGACGCGACGAGUCCGACGCGGACGUCCCGACGAUGGCGUUCUACUCGGACGUGAGCACGUUCGGGAAAGCGUACGCCGGGUUCCAGCCCGGAAGCGCGCACAACAUCUCCGCCGCGGAGUCGGAGAAGGACAGCAAGGCGGCGGCGGAGUUUGAGCGCACGAUCGCGAACCUCUGGAAGGCGUGGCUGAAGGACUACGACACGGACGGGAGCAAGACCAUCUCCCUGGACGAGCUCCGCGCGUUCGCGUCGCUGCCGAAGUGCCCGUCGAGCGACGGGUACAUGGGCGACCUGUGGACGUGGGCGUCCGAAGCGGAGAAGGACGGCACCUUGGAGGAGGCGUUUAAAACCGUGGACGAGGACGGCAGCGGCGAGCUCGAGUACCCGGAGUUUUACGCCAUGCUCGCGGAGGAGGAUUGA